CCCACGGCAACAGCUUUUAAAGUUGCCCAGUUCCGAGGGAAACCGGCGGAGUUGGCAACAGAGUGGAGGUGACGUAUUUCCGGUUCGAGAGAGCUGACUGACCCACGGUCUCCAGCCAGACUCUAUUGUCCGAGUCCAGUGUUAGUGUAACUUUCUGCCUUCACUGAUCUCACCCAGUCCUCCUCGAUUCACGGAGUUACACACAGACAACAGUUUCUGCAGUUUAUAUGUAGAAGUAGAUUUCUGACCAACUUUUCCCACCUUUGAUGUAGAGGCUACUUUCUGCUGUGAAGUCAUUGUGUGAUAAAGCUUUCGGACGCAGAUGCAUCGAGUCUGAGGAGAGGGUUAGCAUCAUCUGGGGUCCUCUGAGGGUCAGCAUCAUCUCUUCUCAGGGGUUUUGGAUCCAGACUGGAGCUUGUGUAAAUCCUAGUUACCACGGGAUGAAGAUCAUAUUUUCUUGACCUGAGUUGAUGGAAGAAAAUGAGAAGCAUGAAGAAUUGAGUGAAGUUGAGAGAAAAAAUCAAUUCAGAACUGAAAAAAAACCUUUGAGUUGCUGUCAAACUCAGAAAGUUUUAAAGAAAAGAAGAGCCCAGAAAUCUUUCUCCUGUACUCAGUGUGGAAAGAGAUUGACAUGCAAACAUCAUCUUGAUCUUCACAUGAGGAUUCACACGGGAGAGAAACCUUACAAGUGUUCACACUGUGACAAGAGAUUCAGAGAAUUAGGAAACCUGAAAACACACGAGAUGAGCCACACUGGUAUUAAACCGCACACUUGUGAUCAGUGUGGGAAGAGUUUCUCACGAUCAGCAAGUCUUAAGUUACACAUGAACAUCCACACUGGAGAGAAACUGUACACAUGUGAUCAGUGCGGAAAGAGUUUCACAAUAAAAGGAAGCCUUACAUCACACAUGAGAGUUCAUACUGGAGAGAAACCGUUCACUUGUGAUCAGUGCGGAAAGAGUUUCUCACUAUCAGAAAGUCUUAAGUUACACAUGAACAUCCACACUAGAGAGAAGCUGUACACAUGUGAUCAAUGCGGGAAAACAUUUUUGAGAGAUUCAGUCCUGAAAACACACCUGAGAGUUCAUACAAAGGAGAAACCACAUUCAUGUCAUUUGUGUGGAAAGAGUUUUUCAUUAAUACAAAGUUUGAAAGGACAUCAGAAAAUACAUUCUGCUGUGAGAGAGUACAUGUGCUUUGAGUGUGAAAAGACUUUUACUACUGCACAGUGUUUAAAACUACAUGAGAGGAUUCACACUGGAGAGAAACCUUACAAGUGUUCACACUGUGAUAAGAGAUUCAGUCAGUCAGGACACCUGAAAGAGCAUGAGAGGAUUCACACUGGAGAGAAACCUUACAAGUGUUCAAACUGUGACAAGACAUUCAGUCAGUCAGGACACCUGAAAGAGCAUGAGAGGAUUCACACUGGAGAGAAACCUUACAAGUGUUCACACUGUGAUAAGAGAUUCAGUCGAUCAGGAGACCUGAAACUACAUGAGAUGAUCCACACUGGAGAGAAACCUUACCGGUGUUCACACUGUGACAAGAGAUUCAGUGUGUCAUCAAGUCUGAAAAAACAUGAAAGGAUUCACACUGGAGAAAACCUUACAAGUGUUCAAACUGUGACAAGAGAUUCAGUCGGUCAGGAGACCUGAAAACACAUGAGAGGAUUCACACUGGAGAGAAACAAGUGUUCACACUGUGACAAGAGAUUCCGAGAUUUAGGAAACCUGAAAAAACAUGAGAGGAUUAUUACUGGAGAGAAACCUUACAAGUGUUCACACUGUGACAUGAGAUUCAUUCAUUCAUUCAAGUCUGAAAACACAUGAGAGGAUUCACACUGGAGAGAAACUGUACACAUGUGAUCAGUGCGGGGAGAGUUUUAGAAAAAAAGGAGACCUUACAUCACACAUGAGAGUUCAUACUGGAGAGAAACCGUUCACCUGUGAUUAAUGUGGAAAGAGUUUUUCACACUCAUUAAACUUUAAGCAUCAUAUGAACAUUCACACUGGAGAGAAGCUGUACACGUGAUCAAUGCAGGAAAACAUUUUUGAGAGUGAAAAUACAUCAUAAAAUACAUACUGGUGUGAGAGAGUACAGUACAUGUGCUUUAAGUGUGAGAAUAUACGUGUACUUCAGCAAACUGUUUGCAACUCCAUUAGAGGAUCCACACUGGAGAGAAACCUUACAAGUUUUCACAAUGUGACAAGAGAUUCAGUCAGUUAUCAAGUCUGAAAACACAUGAGAAGAUCCACACUGGAGAGAAACCAUAUCAAUGCACUGCAUGUGGGAAGUGUUUGCUUUCUUCAUUGGCAUACAGAAAUGUUGUAAACAAUGUUACUGUCACUCAGCUAUUUAGAUAGACCCCACAGAAGAAAUUCAUAACAUAACAUACCCUUCGGGUUUAGUGUAGGCUAACUAACUUAACACCGAGUUACUGAACCUGCAUUCCACAUGUUUCGUGAGACCAAACAAGGACAGAUACAACGAGGAGAGAGAUUUAUUUUGACUGUGUCAGUCUCUGCAGUCCUUCUAUGAGUUCCUCCUCUUCAUGGUCCACCUUUCAGUUGAUCUUCCAGAGAAGGAUCUGGCCUAACACAAAACACUUGGGAUGGAUUCAUUUGGUUUCAUUUGCACAGACUAAAAUAAAAAAUAUUAAUUUAAUAUUAUGUAACUGCAAAUAUAUAUACUUCAAAACUUGUUCAGCAGUGUAAUGUAAACACGGAAAUAUCCACGUGUAAAUGUGAGCAGCUCUGUACAGGAGGAACUGCACUGAUUCUCAACUCUGAAUAGUGGGCUGUCAGUAAAGUAUGAAUGGGAGUCCUUUAAAACAAUCUGUGAAGAGAAUUACAUUGGGUUACAUAUUUUACUGAAUUCAGAAACAUUUAGAAUUGCUUUCAAUUGCAUUUUAAAUGGUUACAUUGUAAAUUAAACUAUAUUUAAAAUAAAUUAUGAGGAAUAAUUAAUAUUCUAGAUAAUGUUAAAGAAAUGCCAGUAGAUUGUAAAGAGAACAGUGAUAUUUCAAAGGAUGUCCCUAUCCCUCUUUACCACUUCUGAUCUUGUUUGCUUUUUACUGAACAGCUUUAUCAUAUUUGUGUAAGGGAUCCCUGGAAAUAUUAAAUAUUAACAAUUAAUUAAAGCUUCAGGUUGUGACAGUGAUACGUGUUUUCCUGAUUAGCCGUUAAUCUCUAUCUUUAGUGGAGUAUCUUCUACUUUCAGGUGGAGCGGCGUUUACCAUAUCAACAUUAUAUAGAAAAAUAAUGUGCCAAAAUUCUAAAAUCUUUUGAAGAUAUCGCUGAACUUUUUACCACAGUAAGUGUGAAAUUCUGUAACGACUGGUGAAAGGAUUGGCAGGAAGCAAGUGCGAGUGAUUUUUAAUGAAAUAAAUAAACAAGGCACAUGAAGACAGGAACACAGGUGAUACUUGUCCGGGAAGAUGCAGGUGUACAGAGGAUCCGGAGUGCGGUGGUGAGUUGGCAACAGGAGAGGGUGACACAGGUACUGCGGGGAAGCGAGAUUCUGACUUACAUUUUUUAUCUUAGUUUUCAUUAUUGACUUAAAAUGAGACAAAUGUGCUAUUAUUUCAAUCUCAAAUCUGAUAUUUAUCAGUUCAGAUCGUUUUUUAAAGCUUUGAUAACUAGCAGAAGACACCAACCAGUUUUAAACUGCAGUUGCACACUGAUUUAUACUAUUUACUUUCAUUUGAAUGAGAAAUGAUGAGAAACAGGUGAAUAAAGACUGACAGUCAAUAUUUAAUGUUCAUAAAUGAUUAUUUCAGGACAUGUCAAACAUUUUUACUCGUUUAUGUGGGUCGUCCCAAGUUUCAAUGUGUUUGUCAAACUCAA